AUGAAGUUUCUUGUGCUCCUUGUUUGCCUGGGUGCAGCUGCUGCUUUCCACUUAGAUGAUGACGAUGAUGACAAGAUUGUAGGCGGUUACACCUGUCUGGAGCACUCCGUCCCCUACCAGGUGUCUCUGAAUGCUGGAUACCAUUUUUGUGGGGGCUCCCUCAUUGAUGAUCAGUGGGUCCUGUCAGCUGCUCACUGCUACCAAUCAGGCCGCAUCCAGGUGAGACUGGGAGAGUACAACAUUGAUGUGCUAGAGGGUUCCGAAGAGUUCAUCGAAGCCGAGAAACAAAUUCGCCAUCCUGGCUUCAGCCCAAAGAACAUGGACAAUGAUAUUAUGCUCAUCAAGUUGGCCACUCCUGCCACCUUGAACUCCCGCAUUCGAGCUGUUUCCUUGCCUUCCCAGUGUGUAUCAGCUGGGAAUGAGUGCCUCAUCUCGGGAUGGGGAAACACCCUCAGCAACGGAUACAACUUGCCAGAGCUUCUCCAGUGCCUGGAUGCUCCAGUUUUAACUGAUGCCGAAUGCAAGAACGCCCUUCCAGGGAAAAUCACUUCAAAUAUGAUGUGUGUGGGGUACUUGGAUGGUGGCAAAGAUUCCUGCCAGGGGGAUUCUGGUGGACCUGUGGUGUGCAACGGGGAACUCCAAGGCAUUGUGUCCUGGGGGGUAGGGUGUGCCCUGAGUCGUUACCCCGGGGUAUACACCAAGGUCUGUAACUACGUUGACUGGAUCCAGGAGACUAUUCAAGGCUGUGUGGCUGCGGCACCAUCCUUGGCUGCCACGCACACAUCCCACCCUCUGGAUUGGAUAAAGUCCCUCAGCAAAGACACCAUGAAAUUCCUCUUGCUCUUUGUAUUCCUGGGUGCAGCAGUUGCUGUCCCUGACGAUGGUGAUGAUGACAAGAUUGUGGGGGGCUAUACCUGCGCCAGGAACUCUGUCCCCUACCAGGUAUCACUGAAUUCCGGGUACCACUUCUGUGGGGGUUCCCUCAUCAAUGAACAAUGGGUUGUAUCUGCAGCCCACUGCUACAAAUCCCGCAUACAAGUGAGGCUCGGGGAGCAUGAUAUUAUGCAGGAUGAAGGAGGCGAGCAGUUUAUCAGCUCCGAAAAAAUCAUUCGCCAUCCCAAUUACGAUUCUUGGCUCCUGGAUAACGAUAUUAUGCUCAUCAAGCUGUCCCAGCCUGUUGCUGUUUCCUCCCAGAUCGCACCCAUCCCCCUGCCCCAGGGAUGUGCAGCUCCUGGCACCGAAUGCCUGAUCUCAGGGUGGGGCAACACCCUCAGCAGUGGUGUUAACUACCCUGACCUUCUGCAGUGUUUGGAGGCUCCCAUAAUAACCCAUGCUGAGUGUGAACAAUCUUACCCCGGGCAAAUCACUGACAAUAUGAUCUGCGUUGGAUACUUGGAGGGUGGCAAAGAUUCCUGCCAGGGUGAUUCUGGUGGCCCAGUGGUUUGUGACGGCGAACUCCAGGGUAUUGUUUCCUGGGGAAUUGGAUGUGCUCUGUCUGGCUAUCCUGGAGUCUACACCAAAGUCUGCAAUUAUCUCGACUGGAUCCAAGAAACAAUUGCUGCUAAUUAAAGCAGCCGUUUCUCCUCUGGUUUCAAUGUAUGUGUUUCCUUCUCUGCUCUGUUACUCUGUCUAAAUAAUACAUAUGUAUUCACACACAC